AGGCCAAACCGUGACGCCCUUAUCUUGUUUCGUUAGACAAUAGUCAGUAGUCUAUCUCGACGGGGCAGCGAGCCAGCAUCACAGGCAAUACCCUAGUAUUGCCAUUCCUUAGUUUGUUUUCAUCAAAAUACUCCCUUUCCAUCUAACAACUCCAAAAUCCUUUUCUUCACAUUAUAUUAUUUUUGUUAUAUCAGAUUUCUUUCACCAUCCAUUUUUUGUUCUCAUUUUCAAUCAUCCCAAUGCUCAGUGAUCGUCCAAUGAUCUAUUUUAGUUAUUGAGUGGUUGAGAUUUAUCAGGGGUUUUAGCUCUUUGCUGGGUUAGUAGUAAAUUAGCAAUUAGUUUGAGUUGCGAGUCGUUUUGCUAUGGUCCCGUUUUUCGAUUUCUCACCAUCUCCAUGAAGAAUAGAGAGUUUCAUCAAAAACCCAACUUUGAACCUGGGGUUCCCAAUAGAAAGUUCGCUCAUUUUCAAGUAGAGAGCUUUGGAUAUAUAAUUAGGCUUAGAUAUGGCGUGGGGUUACAGAUGACCCUUUUUUCAUUCACAACUCGUUCCUCAAGGGUUCGAGCCGCCUCCAAGGUCUUCAUUCCUGAUUUUCACAUUCAAUUUCAUGGAGGAUCUCACCCGCAAGGCAGUAAAGAGGUAAAGGCAGUCCAAAAGCAUGAGGCUUGGUUCGUUAAGGUUGUGUGCACUCUCUUUGUUUAUUCACAACCUUUGGAUAAUGGCUGUUUUGGUUAUUUGAGCAAGAAUUUGACUCCUUUAAUUGAAUUUGAAGUUGUUAAAUGGUUAAACAAUCCGGCAUUGGGGUUGAAGUUUUUGGAGUUCAGUAGAGUGAAUUUUAAUAUUACUCAUUCUUUUUGGACUUAUAAUUUGCUUGUGAGGUCAUUUUGUCAUAUGGGUCUACAUGACUCCGCUAAAUUAGUUUUUGAUUAUAUGAGGGUUGAUGGGCAUUUGCCUGAUAGUACUAUGUUAGGCUUUUUUAUUUCCUCUUUUGCUAGGGCAGGUGAGUUUGGUAUGGCAAAGAAGUUGCUUGCUGAGGUUCAGUCUGAUAAAGUGGUGGUCAGCAUUUUUGCAUUAAAUAGCUUGUUGAAUAUGAUGGUUAAGCAAAACAAACUAGAAGAGGCAGUUAGCUUAUAUAAAGAGAAUUUAGGAUCAAACUUAUAUCCAAAUACUUGGACAUUUAAUAUUCUAAUUCAAGGCCUUUGCAGAGUUGGAAAAGUGGAUCAAGCUUACGAGUUUUUUAAUGAUAUGGGGUGUUUUGGUUGUUUUCCUGAUAUCGUUACCUAUAACACCAUUAUAAAUGGGUUAUGUAGGGCAAAUGAGGUAGAUAGAGGUCACAAUUUAUUGAAUGAAAUUCAAUCAAGUGAUGAUUGUUCACCAGAUGUUGUGACUUAUACAUCAGUGAUAUCUGGUUAUUGCAAGUUGGGUAAGAUGGAGGAGGCAUCUGCUCUUCUAAAUGAGAUGAUUAGUUUAGGAAUUGCACCUAGUGUUAUCACUUUUAAUAUUCUGAUUGAUGGCUUUGGAAAGGUUGGUGAUAUGCUUUCCGCUAAAUCCAUGUAUGAGAAGAUGGUUUCUUUUGGUUGCAUUGCUGAUGUUGUAACCUUCACAUCCUUAAUUGAUGGGUACUGUCGAAUUGGAGAUGUGAACCAGAUUUUGCAGCUUUGGAAUGCAAUGAAAAUCAGAAAUAUAUCUCCAAAUGUUUAUACCUUUGCUAUUACUAUAAAUGCUCUAUGCAAGGAAAAUAGACUACAUGAGGCCCGUGAGUUUUUGAGAGAGUUGCAAUGUAGGAAUAUUGUUCCAAAACCGUUUGUCUUCAACCCUGUGAUUGAUGGGUUCUCCAAGGCUGGAAAUUUGGAUGAGGCCAAUCAGAUUGUAGUGGAGAUGGAAGAGAAUAAAUGUCAUCCUGAUAAAGUGACAUUUACUAUUCUCAUUAUCGGGCACUGUAUGAAAGGAAGAAUGCUUGAAGCAAUUAGCAUUUUCAAUAAAAUGUUGUCAGUUGGUUGUACCCCAGAUGAUGUCACUGUACGAUCUUUGAUAUCUUGCCUUUUGAAGGCUGGGAUGCCUAAUGAAGCCUCCCGCAUUAAAACAAUAACAUCACAGGACAUAAAGUUGGCAAGUUCAUCAUCCUUGGAGAACUGUUCUCCUUCGAGGAUAAAUAGAGGUGUGCCUGUGGCUGCUUAAGAGAAAAGCUCCCCAUCAUUGAACUUGGUGUUAUUCCGAAAUAUUGAGAAGUCUCUUCUUCAUGCAUCAGGUAUCCAAUUAAGCAUAUCCAGCUCGAAGCACAAAUGACCUUGUAUUUAGAUAGUAGAAAAGCAUUUUUCCAGGUAUUGGUGGAAACCUCAAUGGUUUUCUGUUGUUGCCUCUUACGCUUUAUGAGGGUGCUAUAGGAUCUUAAAAGCUGCUACAUCUUAAAUCUGAAUUUAGUAGGGUAACAUCACCAACGGAUAUUUUUCUUCAAAUGCAUUGACGAUGCUAAAGAAAACUGGCAUGAUGCUGAAUGAGUUGGAAAGUACUGCGGAGGUUAGCCAUUUGUAGUUGCAGUUCAGUAUGGUGUUCCAUGUCCAACAUGAUCUCCAAACAUGAUAAUUGAAAAUUAAGCAAUUUCAUGUUUAGGGUAAGGAAAAGGAAAAUAGAUAUGAUCAAUUUCAUGUUUAGAUUUUAUUUUUCCUUCUUUUUGUGGGGCAAUUCAAUAUUGUUUGAUUUAUUGGCUCUCAUAUUCUACAUGCUCCUGCAAUGUUUGGCCUGU